AUGGCCUCACUGAGCAGAGCUCUCUUCCUCCUCUCUCUCUUGGCCUUCACCGCCACAAUCUCAUCAGCCCACAACAUCACUGCAAUUCUCUCCGCCUUCCCAGAGUAUAGCCAAUACAACAGCUUCUUGACCCAAACAAGGCUAGCUGACGAGAUCAACACCCGCCAAACAAUCACUAUCCUUGUCCUGAACAACGCCGCCAUCUCCGCCCUCGCAGCCAAACAUCCCCUCUCCGUCGUCAAGAACGCCCUCAGCCUACACGUCCUCCUGGACUACUACGACCCCACGAAGCUCCACCAAAUCUCCAAGGGCUCCACCCUCAGCACCACCCUCUACCAGACCACCGGCCACGCCCCGGGAAAUCUCGGCUUCGUCAAUAUCACCGACCUCCAAGGCGGCAAGGUUGGCUUCGGCUCCGCGGCUCCCGGCUCCAAGCUCGACUCCAGCUACACCAAAUCUGUCAAGCAGAUUCCAUAUAACAUCUCAAUUUUGGAAAUCAACGCUCCGAUCAUCGCUCCCGGGAUCUUGACGGCGCCGGCUCCUUCCGCCUCCGACGUCAACAUAACGGCGCUGCUCGAGAAAGCCGGCGCCAAGACGUUCGCGUCACUGAUCAUAUCGAGCGGCGUCAUCAAGACGUACCAAUCGGCGGCCGAGAAAGGCUUGACGAUCUUCGCUCCCAACGACGAGGCAUUUAAGGCGAAGGGCGUGCCGGAUCUGAGCAAGCUCACCAAUGCGGAGGUGGUCUCGAUCUUACAGUUUCAUGCCGUUGCUGGUUACACUCCGAUCGGCACAUUGAAGACCUCCAAGUCUCCGAUUAGCACUCUGGCGACGAACGGAGCCGGGAAGUUCGAUCUGACCACGACGACAGCCGGCGACCAGGUCACGCUUCACACCGGAGUCGACUCGUCCCGAGUGGCCGACACGGUUCUCGACGCGACUCCCCUCGCGAUCUUCACCAUCGACAAUGUGCUUCUUCCACUCGAGCUGUUCGGAAAAUCUCCGUCGCCGUCUCCGGGACUAGAGCCAUCCGCCGCCCCUUCGCCGGCGCCGGUACUCGCUCCGACUCCCUCUACCGUUGAAGCGCCAUCGCCUUUGGCCGCUUCACCGCCUGCACCGCCAUCGGAGACGCCGGAGGGAGCGCCGUCUGAGGCUCCGUCUGCUGAGUCGGAGAACAGUACAUCGGCUAACGUAGCUGGUCACGUGGCCUCACCUGCAUUGAUGAUGACUGUACUGGUCACUGUCUGUGCCACUGUUAUUUCCUCCGUUGUCUUGUCCUGA